CUGAGGAUUGUAUUGACAUUGUACGGGAGACAGGAAUGACGACUCACGCGUCUUCUUGCGCCUUUACUACGAUUCUCUGAAGAUAAAUCAAGGAAUAACCCAGUACAAGAUUCGGGGUUGCACCGUCCCCUGACGUACGUCGAUGCGGGGGGAGUUUCUCCAACGGGAACCAUGCCAGCAACUGCCGAAGCACCUACAUCUGUUCUCAACUUGGAGCGCCGAAUGCAUACGAACUACGAACACCGGUCACCCGACUCAGUUACAGGACGGUAUGCCAGUCGUGCUACAGUCGACGACAACUGGCGCUUCCGACAAAAGAGCAGUGAACCUGUACCUAGCCCUCGAAUUGGCGGAAGCGCAACCGGUCAUGCAAAAGGUCGGCGCGCUUCCAUAGCUGGAGCUUUCACAGCAUCUCUCGCAGCAUCAAAUCGUCGUCGAACUAGCGGAUUCUUUGAUAAGUUUCUGCAGCAAUUCAAACGCGCGACACCGUCCGACUCUCGCCGCGAUAGUAAAAGCGAUAUUGUAUCUAAUCCAGACCAACGCAUCGGGCCGGUCGAAGAUGAAGGUAGUGACCACAAGCCCGCAGACCACAAACCCGCAAAAAAGGGCCGCAAGCUGCAGGGAAUUAGCAGAGAUGGUGCCACACUUCGAGUAAAGAGCUGGGUACGAACAUUGCCGGAAGAUGAAGAUCGAGCGGCAUCCCACACUGGAGCAGGUCUCGACGCGAGAUUGUUGAUUGACCAGGCCCAGGCAGAAGCCGUCAUUCCUGCGGAGCAAGUACCAAGCAAGCUUAAGCAAACUGUGGCCUCUCCAUCUGAUGUUACACUCCAGGAAGGAGGAGAAGUUGCUCCUUCCUCUGAAGGAAGGAUUCCUUCAACUCCUAUAGUGACAACUGCAAUCGCUGCGCCAGUGCUUGAAGCCUUAGGAUUGAGGCCAAGCUUUUCAUCAGACAGGGUUUCUGAAUUAGAUCAGGGAACCGUGUGCGUACGUAAGGAGGAUCAUCGAAGUCAGCUCAAUGACCCACAGCGCCCCCAUUUGGAGCGACGACAAUCAUCGUUUUCGUCGGCUGUUGUCUCCAGCUCACGUCCGUCGACUAGCUCCUUUGGCGGUGACAGUUCAAAAAGCUCCCUCAUCCUGGAUCCGAUUCGUACCAUACAUACAUUUAUUCCUAUCGCUAUACAACCAGAUUAUCUAUCAGAAGUGGCAGAUUAUGAUGACAAGAAAAAGAAACGGAAACCGAAAGGAGGGAGUCUCCCACCAGUUUCGAAUAGUGGUAUGCAAGCAUCCUCGUCACUGUAUAGUCUCUCAACCAAUCCUGCCCAUGUUUCCGAACCUGCCGUUUCCGUCGCCGCUCAUCUCACCCCGUCCCCCUCUUCAAACUCCCUCAAAAGAAUAUCUAGAAGCCUGGCCUCUUUGGGGUCGUCCAUUUUCAACAACAGGAGUAAUGCUAGCUUGCCAAUGAAAGUGUCGGGGUCUACUUCUUCCCUGGGGCACUACAGUGAUAUUAAACUAGAGAACCGAAGUAACACGGAACCUUCUCAAAACCUUCGGACAUCCAUGCCACGAUCUGGCUCACGAGGAGGAGUGACAUUUCGAAAUUUUGGGGAGCAAACGACCUCGACUGGGACACUCGGCCGGCAUCCUUCUCGAUCAAACCCGCGUAUUCGUUCUAUGGAAUCAAGCAAUUGGUCAAUGUCGUUCCGACAACGCUCGGGCCCCGACGAUGCGGACGGAAAAGUAGAGCCACAUCCUAGUCCAGCAACGUCAAUAUCACCCAAUGCGGUACCGGAAAAAACGUCUGUUUCUUUGCCAACCCAAUUGGCAACCCUCCCUCCGACUUCGACCACAAGUGUCCUUGCAAGUAAGCGAUCCCGGUCAAUGGACUUUAACUUGAAUAAGGGUGAACGCCCGGCGUCCAGGAACCAGUACGAUCGUAGACGUCCCUUAGGACAUCAAGUCAUUGAAACUUCAACGAUAUACUCGAUGCAUGAAACUAGUCAUACCCUGGUCAGCCCUUUAGGCGAGCCUGAAGAAACUCAAGGAAAGGUGAAUCAGUACCACAUUAUUCGGGACAUUGGGUCGGGCGCAUAUGGGCGAGUUGUGCUAUGCCGAAACGAACAAGAUCAGAGAUACUAUGCGUGCAAAAUCAUUUCGAAAAGCAGACUACGUAAGAAAUUUCGAUGGUCAAACACAGGCUUCAGCGCUGGCGCAAGUGGGGGGGACCCAGAAAUGGAUCACUUGGCCAGCGUCAAGCGGGAGGUAGCUAUCCUCAAAAAGCUUUCGAAACAUCCCAACAUCAAUGCGCUGGUAGAGGUUUUGGAUGACGGAAAAGAGGACAAUUUAUAUAUGAUCUUUGAACUUUGUGAAUUCGGUCCGAUAAUGAAGCUUCAAUUGAAGGACAGCGUGAAUCCAUUCUGCGAAGACUUGGCUCGGAAAUAUUUUCGCGAUGUGGUCCUGGGUUUAGAGUAUCUGCAUUCGAAAAGAAUCAUUCACCGAGAUCUGAAACCUGAAAAUCUACUGUUGAAGGCGGCCCCACCUUUAGGUGUGGUGCAGAUCGCAGAUUUCGGCAUUUCGAGCAUGUUCGAAGAUGGAGAGGAAGAACCUGUGCUUGAUGACAAGAAUGCAUCACCGCUUUUCAGCCCUCCAGAAGCUUGUCAAAGUCAUACGAAGCAGCUAAAGGGUUUUGCUGUAGAUAUAUGGGCAUUGGGAGUUACUCUAUAUUGUCUAGUUCACGGGCGCGCGCCAUGGCAAGAAGAGAGCAUUCUUCAGCUCUAUGACAAAAUAAUCAAUGCUAGCGCAGAGAUCUCGAGCACUCUCUCUCCGUCGCUCCAGGACCUUCUAUAUCGCAUGCUGCGCAAGAAUCCCGAUGAUCGAAUCACUCUCGCAGAUAUUAGGGUCCAUCCUUGGAUUACGAAAGAUGGCGAAGAUCCAAUGUUGCCGACUGAAGAAAACUGUGUAUUUGAGGAAGUGACACCGGAGGAAGUGGAGAAUGCAUUCCAACCUGCGAUGAUGUUUGUGACCAAGAUCAUGAAUAAACUGAAAGGGAAGGGCGGGAAAAAGACUUGUAGAACAGUCUCGGCACCUCCAACACCAGCCGCGGAAGACAUUUCUUCAUCAUCUCCUCUAUUGGGCAACAUGGACGCGCAGAGAUUGGGAUCGGGAAGGGUACUGUACGACGAGCCCCAAUUGAGUGCUCGGCUCAACGGGAAGGCCAAUGAUACCUCAACUACACAUGCUGGAACUGGUGGUGCUUUACCGAGCGUACUACUGAAGAAUUUUGAGGGAAAGCCAAAUCGGAUGCGUAUCUCCGCAUCUGUAGAUGCCUUAAAUCGAAUGCCUGGAGCUAUCCCAGGACUUGGACUGGCUACCAAGAGAAAUCCAAAUCUACAAGGGAGAUCACGCUCUUUUGCAGAACAGGGAUCAUUAGACGGGUUGCCCGCUCCAUUUAUUCCCUCUCCCUUGCGUGUGUCGGCAACCCCGCGAACCAGUUCUACGGGCUCUUCACCUCCGGGAUCCACGAUAAUGUUGACACCUCCGGAUCAUCCUGAAGCGCCUUCAUGGCCACAGCCUGCUAAUCUAACCGGACGGUGCGAUUCUCGCCGUCAUGCUAGGAGAGGAUCUUCAAUGAAUAUAAUUGAUGAGGUACCUGAGCAUAGCGUGUGCUAGGUAACGGCCACAAGAGCCCGUAUAUAGAUGUAGUUCUCUAUAGAUGUAGUAUAGCUUCCGAUACGCUGAGUUUAACUGCUUGAACAAGGUUUAUAUACCGAAAGGCACAUGACGAG